AUGGCUUCUCUGCUAGCAGAAAAGACUCUUCCAAUCAUUUUCUUCCUCUUAACAAUAUUUUCAUUAACCAAAGGUGAACUUCAUGCUCAUUACUAUGACCAAACAUGUCCACAAUUGGAGAAAGUAAUUUCAGAGACAGUUCUCAAUGCUUCUAUCCAUGAUCCAAAAGUCCCGGCGCGUAUUUUGAGGAUGUUCUUCCAUGACUGUUUUAUAAGGGGAUGUGAUGCAUCAAUAUUGCUGGACUCAACUGCCACUAACCAAGCAGAGAAAGACGGUCCUCCUAAUAUCUCAGUUCGAUCGUUCUAUGUUAUUGAUGAUGCUAAAGCAAAGCUUGAGUUGGCUUGCCCCGGCACUGUUUCCUGUGCUGAUAUACUCGCUAUUUUAGCGAGAGAUGUGGUGACCAUGUCUGGAGGUCCAUAUUGGAAUGUACUAAAAGGACGGAAAGAUGGAAGGGUAUCAAAGGCAUCUGAUACCGCCAACUUACCGGCCCCGACCUUUACUGUUAACCAACUCAUUCAGAGCUUUGCUAAGAGAGGGUUGGGAGUUAAAGAUAUGGUGACAUUAUCUGGAGGACACACUCUGGGCUUCUCGCAUUGUUCUUCCUUUGAGGCUCGUCUUCAUAAUUUCAGUUCAUUGCAUUACAUUGAUCCAAGGUUGGACACUGAAUUUGCACUGGACCUAAGAAAGAAAUGUCCAAAACCAAACAACAAUCGAAACGCAGGGCAAUUUCUAGACUCAACAGCAUCAGUGUUUGAUAAUGAUUAUUACAAACAACUGCUGGCUGGAAGAGGUGUGUUUUCUUCCGAUCAGUCACUUGUUGGCGAUUACAGAACUAGAUGGAUUGUAGAAGCAUUUGCAAGAGACCAGAGUUUGUUUUUCAAAGAAUUCGCAGCCUCAAUGUUGAAAGUCGGAAAUCUAAGAGGCUUUGAUAAUGGAGAGGUGAGACUAAAUUGCAGGAUUAUGAACUGA